CGUUGUUACUAGAUGUGGCCCGGAUUGGUAAAAACUGCAAAAGAAGGAGGCGUAGACGUGAUUGAAACGUACGUAUUUUGGAAUGGACAUGAACCAUCACCAGGCAAUUACUACUUUGGUGGAAGGUACGAUCUACCCAAAUUUGUGAAGAUAAUUCAGGAUGCCGGUAUGCUUUUGAUUCUUCGGAUCGGCCCAUUCGUUGCCGCAGAAUGGAACUUUGGCGGUAUACCUGUUUGGUUACAUUAUGUGCCUGGGACUGUCUUCAGAACCGACAACGAACCUUUCAAGCAUUACAUGCAAAACUUCACAACUCUAAUUGUGAAUAUGAUGAAGAAAGAUAAGUUUUUCGCAUCACAGGGUGGGCCCAUUAUCUUAGCUCAGGUGGAAAACGAGUACGGAUACUACGAAGCUGCAUAUGGUGAAGGUGGCAAACGUUACACUCAAUGGGCAGCUAAAAUGGCUCUUUCUCAAAAUAUAGGUGUACCGUGGAUAAUGUGUCAGCAAUGGGAUAAUGUGUUCUGCUCAAUAUAUGUUAAGGUCAAAAUAGAUUCGGGUCAGUCAAAACGGGUUUUGCUCGGGUUCUAAAAAUUGCUAUAAAAUCCUUUGUACAAUAACAUCUCAAUACCUAUAAAAAAUGAAUCAAAACAUAUUUACCUAAGUGAGAAAAAUCAUAA